GUCAUCUAGACGCAGCUCGGCACUUAACAACAACCCUCCUUUUUUGACAUUGGUGAUGACUGGACCGAAACCUACUUGAAAGUCUCCAUUGGUCGAUGACUUGAUUGUUGUACGAGGAAUAUCCUUGCAAUUUCAACUUCCAACCAUAGAAUGGCUUCAGGGGACUCGACCCGAUCUAGGGUCACGCCGUACUUGGUCUAUCUCGUGUUCAUAACCACCCUAGGACCGCUGCAAUUCGGAUAUCACCUUGCUGAAUUAAACGCACCUCAAGCCGUGAUCACUUGCGAGCAAAAGAGCAUUCACUCUGCUACAAGCGCAGCCUCACUUCCGCAAUGCAUACCGAUGAACCCGUCCCAGUUCGGCCUGGUAUCAUCGAUUUACACCCUUGGUGGCCUAGUCGGAGCUCUGUUGGCAGGGCCAGUAUCCACCAAACACGGUCGCUUGUUCACUCUCCGCGCUACGACUAUAUUCCAUAUCUUGGGUCCCGUAGCUGAGACCUUCGCAUCCAACAUACCGUUGCUAAGCGUUGGCCGCUUCCUAUCGGGAGUCGGGUCCGGGGCCGCUAUUGUUGUCGGUCCAAUUUAUGUUUCCGAAAUAGCCCCUCCUGCUGCAAGGGGCUUCUUCGGCGCCUUCACGCAAGUCAUGACGAACGUUGGGAUCUUGCUCACACAAACGCUGGGGUACUUCCUGAGUUACGGAAGUGUAUGGAGGGUCGUUCUUGCCGUCGCCGGCUUCAUCGGGGCUCUGCAGCUUCUGGGACUCUUUCUGGUUCCGGAGAGUCCUACCUGGCUUGCAGAGCAUCAGAAGGGCAGCUUGGCCAGGAAGGUACUGCAGCGUCUGCGCGGGAAGGAUGCUGAUAUUGAAGAGGAGGUCAAAAGCUGGUCCAGCCCCUCCGUUGAUGCUGCAGAUGGAUCGGGAGAGGAGCAGUCACUGCUGACACCACCAUCGAGCAAUAUGCCACCGAAACAGCCACCAGUUACCAUCCUCAGAGCCGUCACAGAUCCUUAUUAUCGACCAGCUAUUGUUGCCGUCGUUGGUGUCAUGAUUGCCCAGCAAUUCACAGGAAUUAACAGCAUCAUCAUGUACAGCGUCUCGCUUCUUCAGAGCAUCCUUCCUACUACCGCAGCCCUACUGGCAGUGGCCAUCUCGGGUAUCAACUUGGUUAUCACACUUGCCUGCACUCCUUUGCCUGACAAGAUCGGGCGUAAGAAAUGCCUUUUGCUUAGCAUCAGCGGCAUGGGGAUAAACUCCUUACUCUUAGCUCUGGGUAUCUACACCAGCCAGAAAGCCUUGUCUGCAAUCGCUGUGCUGCUGUUUGUGGCCUGCUUUGCUGUCGGUGUAGGGCCUGUGCCGUUCAUCCUUGCGUCUGAGCUGGUUGGUCCGGAGGCUGUGGGCGCCGCACAGAGCUGGGCGCUUGCGGCCAAUUGGACUGCGACAUUCAUUGUGGCGCAAUUCUUCCCUGUCUUGAACCAGGCUCUGGAUCGAGGCAGGAUAUAUUGGGUCUUUGCUGCUAUGGCUUGUCUUUUCGGAGCGUUCAUUUACUGGCGGGUUCCUGAAACCAAGGGCAAAGCCAGCUCCGAUGAGGUUUGGGGCAGGGUUGAUCGACGAAGAAGUGACUAAAGCGACCUAUUGCAGGAUUACUAUUGUUGGCUCAUAGCCUUGGAUGGGUUAAAAGCGGGAUACAGAUAGGAAAGGACUUCAGUCGACUUGCCUGAAGGGCAAAAAGAUUUAGGCCCAUGACAACCAGCGCUUGCACUUGCUAAGCUCCAGUACCACCAUAAUCUAAAU